AUGGUAGAAGCAGCACAGUCCCUUGGUUGCACGAGUGCCGGAGAAACAGGGAGCAGCAUUGCACAAUGCAACAUUGGAGAGGCAGACUCAUUUAUGGAUUUGACCGUGCCAUGCAGAAACGACACUGCUGUGUGUGACAAACAACAGAGCAGCAGUAGCUCCGCUAUAAGUGGACCUGUGGCUGGCGAUGAGACUGAUGUCGUCAGAAGUGAAUGCGAUCAGACAAACGAAGACACAGUAGAUAGAAUCAUCAUGGCGCCGCCGACCAUUGUAGAGAAAGAAAUGGACGACAUGUUUAAAGAAGGCAUAUACCCAACGAUUCAGGAGGUCACCAAAGCGCUCGAACCAGAGGGUGGUAUGGUAUUCGGAUCAUUGGAUGAGUGCUUUUUGUUUUUCUGUAGAUAUGCUAGAAAGGUUGGCUUUGCUGCCAAGCGAUCAACGAGCAGAAGAUCGACAUAUGAUCAACAGCUUGACAAGCAGGUGUUUCAGUGCACCAAGGAAGGGCAGAAUAAAACAACUGAGAGACAUGUUAAGGAGAGAAGGAGCAACUGCUUGACCCGGACAAGCUGCCCAGUCCAAAUAACAGCCAAGAGGGAUACAGAUAGGAGGAAAUGGUAUCUGAAGAACGUGCGUCUAGAGCACAACCACGAGCUUCACCCAUCUGAUUGGAUGCUGAAGUUCAUGAGAUGCUAUAAGAAGAUGGCACCUCAGGAGAAAUUCUUUAUACAAGUGCUGCAGAAGGCGAGGUUAGAACCAAGGAAGGUUAUGCAGAUUUUUACUGCCAUGGGGAAACCGAGGCGAGAAAUUAUGUUUGACACGAUUGACAUAAGCAACAUUGCAUGCCGGGACAUGGCUAGAGAGCGCGACACUGAUAUCGCAGACACCAUGAAACUGUUUGCUGAUAUGCAGAGGCGGAGGCCGGGAUUCCACCAUGUGGACGAGACAGAGAACAAUGUAGUGCGCAGCCUGUUCUGGACAGACUCCUUGUGUAAGAUGAAUUAUGAUCUAUAUGGAGAUUUCGUGUCUUUUGACACGACAUUCUCUACGAAUAUAUAUGGCUUGCAAUUUGCACCAAUUAUAGGUGUCGACAACCACGGGUCGACCGUCCUGUUUGGAGUAGGCCUUUUGAAGGAUGAGAAAAUAGGGUCAUUCAAGUGGCUCCUAAGCACGUUUGUCGAGGCAAUGGGAGGUAAAGAGCCGAAAUACAUAAUAACAGACCAGGACCAGGCGAUGAAGACUGCAAUAAAGGAAGCUCUUCCGAGAACGAGGCACAUGUUCUGCUGGUGGCAUAUUAGGAAGAACCUGAAGGAAAAUAACGCAGCAGUGUUUGCGCAGCACCCAGGGAUGUCUGAUGAUAUAUUUCGAAUCGUCAAAAACUCACUAGAUCAAGACGAGUUUGAGCGUGCCUGGAAAGCAGCAAUUUCUCUGCACAAGGCGGAAGGCAACAAACACCUGAACAAGCUAUGGGAACUCCGAAAUUUUUGGUUGCCGGCCUACUUCAAGGACCGUUUCUAUCCUUUCUCGUCAACAACCACUCGCAGUGAGAGCACGAAUUCGAUGUGGAAGAAUUACGUCGACCACAAGGACAUUAUAAAAAGGUUUGUUAAUGCGUAUCACAUGAUUCAGCAAAAUUGCCUCGCCACGCUUGACAAGAAAAGACACCGAACAGAAGAGAAGGUGCCAUCACUAGAGACGGGUUUUCCGAUUGAAAGACAAGCAAGUCAAGUAUACACGAAUGAAAUUUUCAGGAAAUUCCAGCUGGAGCUACGGAACCAGACUUACUUCAAGUGCUCUGACCUGGCAAAGGGGAGGCAGUAUUUUUUAAAAAAGAUUAUUGAGCCUGGAGAAAAAGUGUGGAAACCAUAUCAGGGCGAGGAAUUUGACAGGUCUGAGUUCAGGGUACAUGUGGAUGAGCAAAAAGAAAUAUACAGUUGCAGCUGCAAGAAAAUGAGUAGGGAUGGCAUUUAG